AUGGAUCACACAUUCAAUAAAACCCUCCUUGUCAUCCUGUCCAUCUCUUCUCUUCUUCUAUCUUCCAAUGCCGUCCCUUCGAGUCGAGUUAUUGAUUUCAUUUCCACAAGUGUUCCAGCUGCAGCCCCUAAAAGUUCCUUUAAAGAUUACACCUCAACAAGUUCCCCAGCUGAAGCCCCUUCAAGUAUUGAUUUCAUUUCCAAAAGUUUCCAAGCUGUUGAGGCACCAAACUCUGAUGCCAACACAGUAUCCAAAGUCGCCUCAAAUGUUGCCAGAGUUGCUACAAUAGUCGAUCCUGAAAUCUUAAAAAUAUGUGUUGAAGAUGAUGAAGAUAGGAAAAAACAUUGUAUUGAAACCCUUUCAAAACUCUUCGAAAGUCCUUUUGAUAUCGUCAAGGCACUUGAGAUUGAGGUUAACGCCACCCUCGGCACAGCCAAGUCCUUAUCCGAUACUUUUGUCAAGUUGAUUAACGACCCUAACACCAACAAAACAUUCAUUAGUGCCCUUGACUCUUGUCAUGAACUAUGUGAUCAUAUGUUAGAUGCAAUCAAUCAUACAUUGGAGAUACUUCCUCAACAAAAUUUUGCUGAUGCUUAUAACUCUAUGUGUAGUGUGCUAUCAUACAAAGCUUCAUGUGAUGCCAAUUUUGAGAUCGCGAAUCCUGAUGCUGAAAUGCCAUGGGAUGCACAACCUCUAAUUCAAUCGACUGUUAUCUGUGUGGACAUCUUGAACAGAAUAGUAAAUAACCAUAAGAUUUAA